AUGCUGUCUUCGCCUCUGGCAGAGUCCGUGGCUGUCAUAACAACGGCGUCCGAUACAGAACUGCAAUCACUAGAAAUAGAUGUUAUUAGUCUCGUGGACAGGCUGACGAAGCUUUCAUUUGUGCAAACACACAUCUCCACCGAAUCUGACUCGGGCAAGAGCACGGGUAAACCCACAGUCGAUCCCGGACCGGCGCCCGAAACGCUCUUCAAAGCUGUGCAGUUCCACCGCUCGGACAUACUCGACUUCCUGCAAAAACCGGUUGAGGAAGCCCUUGAUGUGGAGCCAGGGAGUGCGGAUGAAGAUGUUCGCGUUACGGAUAUCAGCAGCGUCGGCUGCCAAUCAGACGAGAAGAGAUUCCGGAAGGUCCUGGCUGCUCGAAGCCUGGGGAUAGAGUACGGGGACUUCAAAGACAGCCCAACCGAUCGCGUAGCCAACAAGUCGCAGUUCUGUGACAGGUCGGGCCUGGAUAAGAAGAGAUACAGACACUACAUCAUGCAAGGUGAGAAGAUCCUCGAGUUCGAGGAGAAGGCCACGCCCGGAGUGUCGAUUAUCUUCGCGUUCACCUGGAAGAAAGCCGUAAGCAUUAAGCAGACGGAUAUUUCCUGGUUCAUAAACUUACUCCGGCAACGGGACGGAGACUUGUACCGAAGGCUUGAUGGGCAGAAGGAAUGGCUGAAGGACUGCCAGAAGCUCUACGACGCCAGCGAACUGCAAGUUGCGAAAUGCGUCCAAGAGGCUCGACUGCCACCCGGUUCCAUGCAACACCACCCGCUUUGGCAAAGCUCAACCGAAGAAUACAAGGACGAGAAAACGCCGUAG